AAAUCUGCUUUUCAAAACUUUGAAACAAAUUUUUCAAACAUAUAUGGCUCAGAUUUGUUGCCAGCUUGGAACGGUGAGGAAAGCACCAAACAUUUUCUUCAUGAAGUGGUGGAUAUUAUCUUCAGCUAUAUCAAAAAGGCCAUUGACAGAAAGAGCAAAGUGCUUGAUUUCCACCAUCCACAUCAGCUUCUGGAAGGGCUAGAAGGUUUCAAUUUGGAACUCUCUGAUCACCCUGAGCCUCUGGAGCAAAUUCUUGUAGAUUGCAGGGACACCUUGAAAUAUGGUGUUAAAACAGCACAUCCCCGUUAUUUCAACCAACUCUCCAGUGGCCUUGAUAUUAUAGGACUUGUUGGAGAAUGGCUCACAGCUACUGCAAAUACAAACAUGUUUACAUAUGAAAUAGCACCAGUAUUCAUCAUAAUGGAGGAGAUCCUGCUGAAGAAAAUGCAGGAAAUUAUUGGAUGGGAAGAAAGCGAAUCAGAUGGCAUAUUUUCCCCAGGGGGAAGCAUAUCAAACCUCUACAGUGUUUUAGUUGCUCGCUAUAAAUACUACCCUGAGAUUAAAACCAAAGGCAUGGCAGCCCUUCCAGAGAUCAUAUUGUUCAUUUCUGAACAUAGUCACUAUUCUAUUAAAAAGGCAGCAGCAGUUGUUGGAAUUGGCGUGGAUAAUGUUAUUGCUAUCAAAUGUGAUGAAAGAGGAAAAAUGAUUCCAUCUGAACUGGAGAAAAAUAUUACCAAAGUCAAGAAACAGGGGAAAAUACCACUGUACGUUAGUGCCACAGCUGGGACAACAGUCUAUGGAGCCUUUGAUCCUCUCAUCAACAUUGCUGACAUUUGUGAAAAAUACAAUCUUUGGAUGCAUGUGGAUGCAUCGUGGGGAGGUGGUUUACUAUUGUCAAGAAAGCAUUCCCAUAAGUUGAACGGCAUUGAAAGAGCCAACUCUGUCACCUGGAAUCCUCACAAAUUGAUGGGUGUUCCACUACAGUGCUCAGCUUUUUUAGUCCAUGAAAAGGGUCUUCUCCAAGCCUGCAACCAGCUCCGUGCUGACUAUCUCUUCCAACCGGACAAGGCUUAUGAUACACUUUAUGACACCGGAGACAAGACAAUCCAGUGUGGCCGACAUGUUGAUGUCUUCAAACUAUGGCUAAUGUGGAGAGCUAAAGGCACAGGAGGAUUUGAAAUUCUUAUCAAUAAAUUUUUGGAACUUGCAGAAUAUCUUUAUAAGGAACUCAAAAGAAGAAACAAUUAUGAGCUGGUUUUUGAUGCUGAGCCUGAAUUCAGCAAUGUAUGUUUCUGGUAUAUCCCACCAAGUCUUUAUCAAAUCCCAAAGGGGCCAGAAAGAGACAAAAGACUUCAUCAGGUUGCUCCAAAAAUAAAAGCAAAGAUGAUUGAAGAAGGCACUACUAUGGUUAGCUACCAACCUUUGGGGGACAAUGUGAACUUUUUCCGAAUGGUCUUCUCUAAUCCAGCAACCAAAAAAUCAGAUGUUGAUUUCCUCUUGGAAGAGAUUGAAAGGCUCGGGAAGGAUUUGUGA